GACAUCUGUACCCGGGAAACGGCAGGAAACUGGAAAACCUCUCAGAUCCAUCUCUGAGUUUUAAACACAGAACGCGGGGAUGCAGGGAGGGGGGAUCCUUCCACCCAGGGACCAAGGUGGAGUCAGUUUGGUGCCUCCCACACCGGCACCGUCCACGUCAGCGUUGCUGCAGAAACAGGACAGGAAAGACCUCGAGUUGGCUUCAGAUGUCCAGCAGCUGGUGGUGAUUAAAGAAGAGGCUCCUCGUGAAUGGAUCCCCAGUCCGGACCAGAAGGACCCAGAACCCAACCGCAUAAAAGAGGAAAAACAGGAACUCUGGAUAGAUCCGGAGGGAGACGAGGUUCAUGGAGAGGAGGCUGGUAUCUCCUCGCUCCCAUUAACUGUAAUCACUGUGAAGUGUGACGAUAAUGAGGAGAAACCUCCAUCCUCGCAGCUUCACCAGAUCAGAGACACCAGAGAGGCAGGACCUCCACCCAGCAGCUCCGCUGAACAGAUGAAGACAGAGACGGAUGGAGAGAACUCUGGACCAUAUCCAGACUCCUCUGAGACUGAAGUCAGCGACGACGAUUAUUGGCAGGACCCUUUGUCCGACUGUGGAUCUGAAAACGGAGAUGCAAAGAAGUCGGGUGUGCAUUAUGAUGUAGGAUGUAACAGCUGCUCCAGAUGUGGUGGACAGUUUGUCAAAAAAAUGUGGAGACACAUGAGUCAGUGGGGAACUGUUUAA